GACAUUCAUGGCGCAGCUCAAGGACAUCCAGACUCUGCUGGACACCGGUUUUGGAAAGUUGCGUCAGGAUCUGAAGGGCGACAUCAUGAGGGAGAUGGAGCAGCUGCUCGACACCAAACUCGAAGCCCGACUCAAGCAGCAUCAUGAUGAACUUAUGGAGGAGAUCCGGAAGCUCCAGGAGAGAACCACGGCCUUGGAAUCUCGAGCUGACGCAGGUGGCGUUGGCUCCAAGCGUGCACGCAGCGAAGGUCCUGGCUACCGGGCAACGCGCAUCGACGACGACUCCGACAACAAAGUCCUCGUGCUCAAAGGCUUCCCAUGUCCCAUGUGGUCCAAGACGCUGGUCAAGCAUGCUGAAACUGUCUUCCAGUCGCUUUCACCGAACACUCCGCUCCCCCAAAUCCGCGCCGCCAGCAACACCAAGCACGCGCGCCUCAUCUUCAACGACUCCGCUUCGGCGAAGGCCAUCCUCGAAGAGUCCAUCCGCGCUGGCCCACGGAUUACUAUUGGUUCGGAAUCUAUUCCACUUUCGCUUCAAUGGGACCGGUCACCCGAUGAACGCGUCCGGGGAUGGGUAAUCUCACAGUUAUGGCAGAAGUUGGAGCAGCACAUGACUACAAAAGGCCUCCACGGCCAGGUCGGGUGUCGACGUGGCAAGGGUGAGGUGUUCGUCGACGUUGGCGGCAUGGGGCAGCUGAUCACGAUCUUCACGGUUCUCGAAGACGGCGUCUCCACCCGCGUGCACACCAACGGGCUCGACAAGGUGGAGCUUUCCCCAGAGACGGCGGCCUCGAUGGCCUCCGAGGUGGAUUCGCAGCGGAAACUCAAAUCCAGGUACGCCGUAAACCUCGCCUACCGCCACGACUUCACCAUUUUCCUCGAGGCCACUCUCAUUCUUCUUGGGGACUUCAAUUCGGUUGCAUGCGAGUCCGACCGGUUUGAUGCCACCACUGGUACCUUCACUGGCACCGUCGUACGGGACACCUUUGACACGCUGCCAUGUCUUGAACUGCUCACCGAGCUGAUGCAGGACGAUUUCACGAGGAAAGGGGUUGAUGCUGCAGGACAUCUUCAGUACAGCCGGAUCGACCGCAUAUUUACAUCGCUACCGAGCUCUCUCCUAAGCAAUCUUGACGUUCGCGUUGCCUCUCCUGGACUUGCCGCGCUCCCCCGCUUCGACUUGAGCGACCACACUCCCGUCUUCUUCACUUGGCGGCAGCGUAGCAGCUCAACUCGAUCCCCAAUUAUUCCAAGUUGGGUACCUCGGCACCCACUGUGGGGCAUCGUGCUUGAUGAGCUCCGCUUUGCACAGACUGCCGACAAAUGGGGCGAUGAGGUCGAGAUGAAGCGCCUCUUCCACAAGGCCAGCUCCGAGGUCAAACGUAGGGCUCAACACCAUGGUGCCCGCACCUCCGAGGAGAAGCUUUGGUGGUGUCUGAAAUUUCUUCGCUCUGUGCACAACGGUUGUAUUCAGCAGGCCCUCUCUGCAGCCGGCGUCUGCUCCGACCUCCAGGACAUUCCUGGCAACUGCUGCCCCUCGAGCUGGACUCAUUCAGUGCUCUCUCAAGUGGAGUCCUUCAUUCAGCGCCUCAGCCAGGCGACGGCCGAGGAGCGACUGCAGGAGCUGGAGGACACUGCCGACCUCCCGGAGUUCUACAAGAGCCGGAAGCGGUCUGGACUCAUAGCGUGGGCUGCUCAGUUUUCACCGAAGCGCCGGCGUGCAGGCCUCCGAGGUCUCAUCGACAACAAAGGUCUCCCAAUUACCGAUAAUACGGUCGCUCAUGCUGCCGUUGCUGACUACUGGGGUCCAGUUUUCACCGCGCAGCCUGUCGAUGAGCAGGCAGGCAAAAUCUUUCUGGACAAGUACGCUGUGCAGCUGCCGCGCCUUCAAUGGGAUAUUUCGUUCGACGACUUCUCCAAGCUUCUCUCUGGCUUCACCGACUCAGCCCCUGGGCCCGAUGGCGUGCCCUACGGCGCUUGGCGGCAUGCGCCCGAAUGGUGCCAACGUGUGCUGUAUUCUGCCUUGCUUUCAUGGCUGGCCGGCGCGCCGCUACCUCGCGAUGCCAACUAUGCGUGGCUUGCCCUGCUUGCUAAAGGUCACGAUCUAGCCUCGGGCCCCGCGGGCUUCCGCACCGUGCCCGACGCGCGCCCGCUGUCACUGGGCAACUCUGAUGUCAAGAUACUUGCUGCUUCAAUCAACCGGAUUCUGGAGCCCGCGGUAGGCAAAUGGGCCUCUGACCCACAGCGCGGAUUUAUCAAAGGCCGGCAAAUGCUCGACAACGUCAUCGAG